UUCAAUAGAUCAGCAUCCGACAUGAGUUCUUUGACGAUUGUAUCCAGCCUAGCCUUAUUGGCAAUCGUAUCGGCCGGACAGUACCAUUCGCAGUACAAUGGCGGGUUCGGAAGCGGCGCAGGCGCAGGUUUUGGCGCCGGUUUCGGAUAUAGCGGCGGCGCUAACAUUCCCAUACUGCGGUAUGAAAACGUGAACAACGGCGAUGGCACUUAUAGAUACAAUUACGAAACUGGCAAUGGCAUCUCAGCACAUGAGAGUGGCGCGCCAAGGGCCCCGGGACCCGAGGGCCCCGCGGUGACAGCGGAGGGCGGAUUCUCGUACCGCGCCCCCGACGGCCAGCAGAUCUCACUCUCCUACACGGCGGACGAGAACGGCUUCCACCCAACAGGUUCCCACAUCCCCACUCCACCCCCCAUCCCUGAGGCUAUCCUUAGGUCCAUCCAGUUCAACAGGCAAAACCCUUCAUCCGGAGACGGGUAUUACAAUGGUGGGAGAUACAAUGGAGGCUACCAGUAUUGAGACCACGAUCCCACAUCAACGAUAAGGACUGUGAUAAACAAAUAAAUAUAUUU